CGCAACGUCUAUUUUUAAUAUCUCUUUAUGCUCUUAUAGCAUCAACGAAAUCACAGAUUACUUCUUUUAACUAUACCGAAACAAAUUUAACAACUACAUCACUUGAUCAUCAGCCUUUUGUAUUAAACCUUCAAACUUAUGAUGAUGGAACAAUUCUCGCCCAUAUUGCACGAUACGACAAAACAUUAAUCGCAAAUUGUAGGAGUUAUUUGAGAAUAAAUAAUGCUUUUGGAUUAGACCAGAUAUUACGUAUAAGAGUUAUUCAAUUAGAUGGAUCUGUUAAAGAGAUUAAUCUCAACAAUACCGACUUAAAAUUAGAUCCUCUGAAUUAUUGUAUGAUCGGCACCUGGGUUCCUAUUAAAAUAUAUGCUUUACAAAAACAGUUCAUUCUGGUAACUUAUGUGAAUAGUACAAAUUCAUUUGAUCCUACAACUUAUGAAGAUUGGGGAAUGGUUAUUGAUUGGAACAGCAAUGUUAUAAGCAAAACUUCUUUUGGUCCGUCUUAUGUUGAAAAUAAUAAUUAUUGGAAUCCGGAUCUUCAAAGUACAAUUCAUUUAAAUAUAAAUAAAAAAUUGGGAUUCCUUAGAGUAAAUUUUGCAAACAAAAAUAAUAUUUUUUCGUAUGAAUGGCAACAAUAUUCAAUUGAUGAUUCUGGAAAAUUAUCAAUGCUGCAAAAUUUUAGUUUUCCACUACAACAAAUUAAGGGUAGAGCCCCUACAAGCUUUGUUAUCACGCCAAUGGCCACUAUUGAUGGCGGCUAUGCUUUAAUCUAUGCUAAUUCCACCAAUGAAACUGUCAAUAAUUCAUUCUUCACACGUGGCUCAGUAUACGCUAAUUUCAUAACAUAUAACAAUACAUUUCAAGAUAGAACGAUUCUUCUCUAUACAUUAACUAACAAUGUAACUUUUAAUACUAUUUAUUGUGGCAUAGUGUCUGUUGGUUUUGGUCAAGUUUGCACACUCUCUGUCAAUAACUCCAUAGUAAAUAACAUCACAAAAGAAUAUAUAAGAAUUUAUUUCUUAACGUCUGGAUCAGUGUUAAAAAUCGAUGUAUUAUCCGACCUCCCUAAUGUCACUACUUUAGUAAAUUGGGCAGUGAGCUCGAUGCCAUUCGGUGGCUACAUAUUACAUACUUAUGAUAACAAUGGUACUACAUAUAUCUAUGCUUAUGACGAAUAUAACUUAAAGACGCCUUUGGUAUCAACAUUAUCAUUAUCGUCAAACCAAACUGUUCCUAUUAACAAUUUUUCUACAAAUUAUCGAUUUGGUGCAACUGUUAUUAUGAACAAUAAUAAUACUUUUAUACUCCCAACAACCGACACAAAUAUAGACAAAACUUCUUGGUCUUUUAUUAAUAUCCUAUUGCCUAAAGUUUUAGAAUAUCGUGAUCACGGUUACGGUAAUCUUCAAAUAGACCAAGUUGACCCACCUGUUAACUAUACUGUCGAUUCAACUACUACAAGUUUAAAUAUAGCUUUCUUUGUUCCUGUCAGUUUGUCUAACGAUCAGAUACAUGGUCAUUUAACCAUUUACAAAACUUCUGAUAACAGCAUUAGACAAAAAGUUUCACCGAGAGCAAAGAACUUUUGUUCAACCAGUCCAGAUGGGAAAACUAUUACUAUAAAAAUUAUUAGUAGUACAUUUAAUGAGUUUAAUGAGAGUUAUUAUGUGCAAAUGGAUAAUAAUUUUGUUAAGAGUAGUCUUUAUAAUGAGCCUCUAAAAGGGAUUAGUGAUGGGAUUUGGAAUCUCUCUUCAAUUAAUACGAACAAUUUAAUUAAUCCUUCAGGUAGUACUAUAGUUGGUACAGUCGGCUUAACAAAUGAUGCCAUGAAAAAAUUCACAUCAUUCUCUACUUUGGGUCGCUCCAAUUAUUUUGCACAAUUAUUAAAUAAAACUGCUGACCAAAUACCAGUUCAACGUGAACGUCUAACCACGGAUGAAAAAUUUCAGUAUAUUAAUAACGGCCAACAAAUUAUUUUUUCUAUUAAAGUAAAUUUACCGUUACCUGAUUCAAAUGAAAGCACUGCUGAUGGUGUGGCAGCGGAUCUAAUCACUAUGCUCAAAAAUAAGGAAGUCACAACCUUUUCUAAUGACAUUACAAAUGAUUUGGAUGAUGGUUAUGGCUUUGUUCCAAUGACUUUCAUCCUUUUUAUCUUUAUUGCUAGACCAACAAAAGAGCAGGAAAAGGAAAUGAUUGAGGAAAUUGCUGGUGAUGCAAAGAAGAAACUUAUCGGUAAAAUAAAUAAAAAGGUUGAAGAAUUUAGUGAUGAUAUAAAGUAUAAAAUUAUAUAUGAAAAAGAUAAACUUCUCGAGAAAAUUGAAGAUGACAGGCAGAAGAAAAUUGUUGAUAGAAUAUUCAAGAAAGUUGGUGAUAAAAUAAAGAAUAAACUUAUCAAUGAAAUAGAUAAAAUUCUCGAGAAAGUUGAAGGUGAUAUAUUAAUGGGAUUUCGUGAUCUCAUGCCCAAAGUCACAAAAAAAUGUAUCGGGGUAAGGUGUUGCAUCAGUUCUAUUGAAAAUGUGUGCCACUAUUUAAUACGGUGUCCUAGUGGUGACAUAAAGACAAAGCUUGAAAAAGUUGUUGUGGGAAUAAAGGCAAAGCUUGGGGAAGUAGUUAGCACCAUAAAUAAAAAGCUUAAGAAAGUCGCAAAAAAAAUUCUAGAUAAAAUAGUCAAGGAUUUUGAAGAUGAUACAAAUGUUAUUAUUAAUGAAAUACUUGGGAAGGAAAUCGACAAUGAAAAAAAUAUAAUACUUAAGGACUUUGGUGAUUGCAUAAAGACAAUUAUCGAUGAAAAGCUCAAGGGAAUUGGUGACGACACAAAGAAUAUUAUCAAUGAAAUGCUCAAAGAAGUUGGUGCUGAUAUAAAGAUAAACAUCGAUAAAAUGUUCGAAGAGAAAAUUAUUGGUAUAAAAGUUAAAACUAUAUGUGAAUUUUUUAAAAUGUUGGGGAAAUUUUUUGUUAAAAUAUACGAGAAAAUUAUUUGCCGCACAAAUGAAAAAAACGGGGGAAAAAACGAAGGUGCAAAAAACAAAAAUGCAGAUGAAACAGACAAUAAUUCCGUACCAUUUUCGAUUGAAGGCUUAAUAAGAAUUCCUGAUGAAAAGGAUUUUGAUGAAAAGGAUUCUGAUGAAAAGGAUUCUGAUGAAAAGGAUUCUGAUGAAAAGGAUUCUGAUGAAAAGGAUUCUGACCAACAUUCAAAUGAUGAUGCGAGUAAAAAAGACACGAAAUCUGUUGAAGACAUAAUUAAACGAAUUUUUAAGAAAAUAGAUGAUACUCUUAACAAAAAGGAUUCUGGUCAACCUUCAAACAAAGAUACGAAUGAAGACAAGAAAUUUGUUGAAAUAAUUGAAGAAGUUUUUAAUAAGGAUAUCCCGAAAAACGAAGUUUUUGAUAAGGAUAUCCCGAAAAACGAAGUUUUUUAUGAGGAAAUCCCGAAAACCGAAGUUUUUCAUAAGGAUAUCCCGAAAAACGAAGUUUUUAAGGGUAUCUCGCAAAACGAAAUAAUUGACGAAAUAAUAAAGGAUAUUUAUAAUGACAAAUUAUAUAACAAUUUUGGCAAUGAAAUUUCCGACAAAAUACAAUCCAGAAUUAAUGAAAAGAUGCCUGAAAUUCUUCGUAAAAUCUUUAUCAAAAUAUCUAUCAAAAUGUUUAAUCAAACUUAUGCUCUCUAUGUGGAUAAUAUACUUUCUGCAAAAAUUUCUACAGAAAUACAGCUUCAACUUACUAAAGAACCACAGACUACUAAAGAAUCACAACUUACAGAAGAACCAGAACUUCCUAAAGGACUACAAUUUACUACGAAAAUAUAUUUUGAUAAAGAGAUAAAUUCUCUUGCGAUAAAAAGUAUAAUUUUUGCUGAGAUACAUAUCGAAGUUGCCAUUAUAUUACUAGAAGAAUUUUUCAUCAUACUACUGGAAAAAUUUUUUAACAAAAUACAAGAAAAACUUCAAGCCAAAAUUAGAGAAAUUAAAAAAUUUAAAGAAAUUAUUAAUGAAAAGACUUCAAUUAACAAACAUGAAGUGGAUGAAAUUUCUGCUAAAAUAGCUUCCGAAAUUUCGACUGAAAUUUCUAAUAAAACCAAAGAGGAGAUUUCUGAUGGAAUUCAUGAAGAAAUUGAAGAAAUUAAAAAAUAUUUUUACAACAUUCUUAAUAUAAUUUAUAACUCUGUUACGGUAGAUAAAGGUAAACUAAAAAUCUCUAAUGGGCAAGAAACUCCUAAUGAAGGGCAAACGACUAAUAAAGAAGAGCAAGAUUUUCCUAUUGAAGAACAAAAUCUUGCUAAAGAGCAAAACCCUCCUAUUAAAGAACAAAAGCUAACUAAAGAGAUACAAAAUUAUCGUAACACAAUAAUUUACGAAAUUGGUGAAAUCAAAAAACUAUUUCACAAUACAAUGAAUCAUAUUAAAAUCACAGAAAAAGAUGAACUUUCUAUAUAUCUUUAG